AUGUCAGACGACGAGCAAGAUUCCGGUGGUGAGAGCCGUUCCGCGGAGCCGAGGAAGCCCCGCAGACUCCCAAAGAGGCGCACCAAAACAGGCUGUCUGACUUGUCGAAAACGGCGCAUUAAAUGUGGCGAGGAGAAACCUAUAUGUAGUAAUUGCGUGAAGUCAAAACGCAUUUGCGAAGGCUAUGCCCAGCGAGUGGUUUUCAAGAACCCUCUGGGGAUUCUGGGACCCUAUGGUCCACCCCAGGUUCUUGAUCCACAGAUGAUGCACCAGCCGCAACGAGUCGCGCUGUAUAAUGACUAUAAUCCUCUACCGCCUCAACAGGCGGCAGCUGCGGCGCAGCAUCCUAUGCUAGCUCCGCGACUGACAGAACCCGUGCCGCCUGGAUAUCCAUAUCAUGAUGUUACGCCAAAUGCUGCAUCGACUUCUUCAGUGGCAGGACCGUUGCCUCUGAUGGAGAUGCAGCAGCCAGUAGACUCUUCACAGUUCUAUUACCCAGCGCCUUUGGUGCAAGCUCCUCCACGGUGGCCAAGUCAGUCAACAGAACGAGGCCCGGAAGGAUCUAUAUCCUCUGCUUCAAGCGAAUAUACACGUCGUCAGUCGCAGUCUAUCAUCCAGGAUCAGUUUGCCAUCCAAUACAACACAAUGCCACCUCAGAUGCCGCAACCUAUUACCGACUGGGCAAGCAUCGCAUCGCAGGAUUAUAGCAGCAACUUGUAUCAAUCAUAUCAUUCAUCCACUGCAGCUUACCCAUCUCAACAGUCUCUACAGCCUAAUGUCCCGGCACAAUUUAUUCCACCUACUCAACCCCAGGUUAUGUACGUCGAAGAUGAAGCCGAAGACUAUUUCGAUGUGGAGUCAGACGACGAAAUGACCGAACAAACCCAAACAGAAGGCUUCAAUCAAUUGAAUUUGAUCAUGGCUUCUGCAGCGAAUGAUGAUCGUCGACUCCGGUCUUUUACUACUCACCUGAACGAACCGAACAUCCUAGCCUCUUAUUACCCUAACCUGGGAUCAUCUCCACUGAAUAACCCCAAGACAGCCCGAAUUUUCGCACAUUUUAUCCAUUCAACCGGUCCAUCUUUGUCGAUAUUCGAGCGGCACCCGACAGACUCCUCAAUUAUGCUGGGCGUGCCUGUCCCUCCCGCCCAGCGAGGCCUGUGGACAUAUACCCUUCCUCUGAAAGCUUUGGAACACCCAUCUCUUCUCCAGGCUAUUCUCGCAGUUAGCAGUUUGCACAUUGCAUACCUGCAGCAAGCCCCCACCACCGUGUCUUUGAAACAUUAUCACUACGCCUUGAAACGCAUUGGUCAUGCCGUUGGUCUCCCAAUUCGGCGAAAACAGAUUGGAACUUUUGCCGCCACUCAACUCCUGGCAUAUUACGAGGUCAUGUCCGCCGAUCAUAGUAAAUGGAAUAGUCAUCUCGUCGGUUCCGCACAGUUGAUCCGUGAAAUCGACUGGGCAGGUACCACUCGGGAUCUGCGGGCCUACCGGCGCGGAAUCAAUGAACAGCGAGCUCAGAUAGGGUGGUCCGAUGCAUCAUACUACUAUGAUCAGUCUUAUGGCGCUGAUACGUCUGAAGACGAUCCGUUCGGUGAAAAGGAAGGUACCAUCGAUGCAGCGCUCAUUGGGUCAUUGAUGGGUCGGGCGAUCAGCUACGAUGAAUUUGGACAUGUUGAAGAGGGCCAGUCACAAAAAUCUCAAAAACAUUUCACACGCAAGGACAUCGAAAACUAUCGCAUUCAAUGCGAUUUGUACUGGUGGUUCACCAAACAGGAUGUGUUCCAUAGUAUGAUUGGGGGUGACAAAUUAUUCAUGCCGCAAUAUCUCCGAGCACAGUGUCCCCCUCGAGCAGGAAUGGGGCGAAUAGACGCAAUCUAUGGAUCUGCUGAUCACUUCUGGCUACUACUGGGCCGGGUUGUUGACUUUGGCUAUCGAGAUCGCAAACGAAAACUGAAGGCUCUCAGAAUGGCGGGCACUGACUGGAAGCCAACUUCGGGGCUAUUCAGAUUCAUGGGACGCUUUGCAGGUGGAGCAGGGAUGCCCGGGGGUCCAAGACCUCCAGGUCCUCCGGGUCCUCCAGGUCCACCUCCAAAUCUACCUCCAGGCCCUCCAGGUCCGCCUUCUUUCGGCUCUUCCAACAGCUCCAACGCAGGGAGUGGUCCCAGAUCUGGCCCUCCCUCAGACUCCUCCCAGGGAAGUCCACCUUCCCUGGGUCCACCCGAAGGACCUCCGAUGUAUGGCAUGGUUCCACCCCAAGGCCCGGCUCGGCUACCAGAUGCCUUUUCACGAGAUAGACGUGGACAGCGGGAGUCACCCGAACAAGAAGACCGGGGCGAAGAUACUACCUAUGCUGACGCGGAGCAAGAGUGGGAGGAGAUCCUGGUAGCUAUGGAUACUUUCAUGCAAGCUCUAGGUCGAGAUUUCCAGCCUCUGCCCGCAGAUGUCACCCCCCUCAUCGAGUCACCGUUCGGACCAGCUCGACAGUACCGUACUAAUACCAUCGCAGUUAUCUGGGGCUUUUAUUACGCUGGUCGAAUUCUGUUACAUCGUCUUCAUCCUUGUAUGCCACCAGCUAUGAUGAUGGCUGCUGGCGUCGCUGCUCCAACAACGGCGGAAUAUGCCCAGAUAGUAGGCCGCAUCACAGCUGGUAUCUACUACCCACAGUUAUACAAUCUCCAAGCUGGUAGUCUUAGUCCGACACUCGGCUCCUCGUUGACGGAGAUGACGGUUCCGAUUUUCUUUGCGGCUGUGCAAUACGUCGAUCCGGUACAGCGGAGCUGGACAAUUGCCAAGUUGAGAGAUGUUUCCAGGUUAACUGGAUGGAAGACUUCGGAUGCGAUUGCGGCUGGUUGUGAGAAAUCUUGGGUUAUGGCGGCAAAGUAUGGACGAGGCCCACCGUAUGAACGGUCUUUCAUGGGGGAUCGGGAUCGAGAUGCUGAGGAUGUUGUUCAGAGAGACCGUGACGCUGCUUUUAAUGAGGAUCGAAGGUUUAUCACGGUGCGGCCUACCGAUAGCGCGUAUCGUGCAAUGGGUCUUUUGAGUCUGGAAGGUGAUAUGCAGAACUUGGAGCUAUGA